AGUUCACAUCUAGAACCCGUACCGGAGAAACCAUUUCCAUGUCACAACGGAACUUCAAGAUGCCAAAUCCGAACAACGAAUCCCAUUCCUAUUUCCUCCGGAAUAUUCCGGAAGAAUUGCAGCCUCAGUUUACGCGUGGAUUCAAUCAGUGGAUGGGCAAUCAGUCUACGAUGACUAAGGGUUUGCCAUCCAAUACAGUGAAUAAGUCUGCCCAGACGGCAUCUGUCAAUGAUGGCAACUUGCAAGCUAGCGUGAUCGCAAUGCUGGCAGGAAUGGACUCGAUCUUGGACAUGGAGCAGCCUAACAGAAGUCCUUCGCGCGAAGAGCACGAGCGCCUAAAUGAGCUGUUGUUCAGCAGCAAUUUGCUCAUGCUGGACGUAAAGAAGCGAACGUUUCCCGUGGAGGACCCAACUGGGUAUUUAACUUCGGUUUCAGAGCAAAAUCCAGAUGGGAAUCCGUUGGCUAAGCGACUAAAGCUAGAGCGUCCUCAGGGCUGACACUAAUGACCAAUGUCUCUUCCUCAGAGUCUCUCAACCAUACAGGACAUUAACGAACCAUUAAAUAAAUCACUAUAAAAAUAAAUCACAAAAU